UAUUAUAUCCAAAAUGCCAUUCUGAAUAACUGAUUUCUAUUCAAAAUUCAUAUUGAAAGGGCCAAUACAUAUCGCAAAUCGAGUGAAACUGUCAUAGCUACAGAUCUCUUAUUCUUUAUCACUUCAACUAUCUCAAUCUAAUAAUCAUCUACUCCGUUCUCUACUCAAACACAUCUCUCCAAUAUCACGACAUAAUGUCACCGAUCUCUUCACCCCCAGCCUUGGUCAUGGGUGGAGCAGGCUUCAGCUACCAACUGAACCCUGACCCCGAAUCACUUCCUAUCGUCGACAUCCUCUUACGCGCAUUCGAACUUGGCGUGCGCACCAUUGACACAUCACCAUACUAUGAGCCUUCAGAGCAACUUAUGGGCGCUGCAUUAUCAGAUUCCCGUAUCCAGUCAGAAUAUCAACGGAGCGACUAUGAGCUCAUGACCAAGGUUGGCCGCAUCAAGGAAAAUGAGUUUAACUACUCCCCGGACUGGAUCAAAAAGUCUGUCGCCAGGUCACUGCAGCGAUUUGGAACUACAUACUUGGACGUUGUGUUCUGCCAUGAUGUCGAGUACGUCUCCUUGGAUGAAGCCGUCACAGCUGUUGGUGUAUUGCUGGAGUUUCAACGAAUUGGGGUUAUUCUGCGGGUCGGAAUCUCGGGCUACGACAUUGAUGUUCUCGCUGAAGUUGCUAGCCUUGCCAGACAGAAAUAUGGACACCCUGUCGAUGUUGUCCAAACCUGGGCUCAGCUCACCCUUCAGAACACACAAGCCGAAACCCGUGGGUUUGAUCGCUUCCGCGCAGCUGGUGUAAACACUGUGUUCUGCUCAAGUCCACUGGCUGUUGGACUAUUGAGGACAGGCGGUAUUCCUCUUGGACUGACAGGUGAUUGGCAUCCUGCGCCUCAAGGCCUGAGAGCUGCCGCGGCCAAAGCUGCUGAGUGGAUGGACAAGCAUGGAGAAGGAGAGAGUCUAUGCUCGCUCGCGAUGCAAUAUGCUAUUGUGAAGGCAAAGCAGAACUGCACAUCCUCAUUCUCUGUAUCAACUAUCACAGGGAUCAGCACCCUUUCCGACCUGGAGCAGAAUGUGGUUGCUGCUAAAAGGGUACUCAAGAAUGUCAGCGACUCUGAGAGUUUACUGGACUAUACCGAGCUGGACUCUCAGUCAGUGGAGAGAAGACUUGCCCUUUGUGAGCGUGUCCGCUUGAUGUUGGGGGAGUGGCUGGACUAUGACUUCUCUGGCAGGAAGCCCAAGGCAUUGAUUGGCGAUUCUACUCGGGAUGCGAAAAAGCCUGAUGUUGUGGAUAUCACAGCUUUAGAUGAUAGGGGCUUGAAGCAGUCUGCUGCAAUCAGAGUGUUGGCGUGAGGGGCAUGUACAUAUGGAUAUAUAUUUUAGAUUGACUUUGUAGAGGGAACAGACUAUCUUGCACGAGUGUAUACCACCCAGUCACUGUGC